AUGGCACUAAACAGCUACCUCCACAAAAAAGUCUCAGUGCUCACGCUCGACGGACGCAGCAUGGUCGGCACGCUGUUCAGCUGCGAUGGCAGCAUGAACCUCGUGCUCACCGACGCAUUGGAGCGCAUCAUCCGGCCAGCGGACGAAGGGGUGGCGAGCGAGGAGGUGCCGCUGGGGCUGUAUAUCGUGCGGGGCGACAGUGUCGCGGUGUGUGGGAGGGUUGAUGAGGAUGUGGAUGGGAAGAUUGACUGGAGGAAGGUGCAUGGUGAGGUGCUGGGGAGUACGAGGCAUGUGUGA